AUGUGGCUAGUGCAAACGCCACCAAGCGAGAACUCUGUCGUCAUCGUCCGAUGAGACACAUAGGUAUUCACUUUUCCGCCCAGCAAACAUGAGCCCUAUAAACGCCACCAUGACGACCCUGCGAUCGUUUUACUGAUUACUGACACUUCAAAUAUCAACAUUACAUUAUUAGUCGUCGAAGUCUCGAGCAAAAGCUAAGGAAGGCGGCUGCAGCAUGGCGACCAUUGACAUGCUGCCGAAUGAGAUACUCUCGUUGAUAACGACAAAUCUUGAACGACCGCGAGAUUUGCUUUAUCUCUCUUUGGCAAGCCGCCGAUUGAGCGAGUUCGCAAAGCUCGAUGGAUGGAAAGCAUUGCUCAGAGGUCGAUUUGGCCUGAGCGGUCUGGACGCGGAUGCCUACAAUGCUGUCCACGGCGUGACAACACUAUGCCGAAACUGGGAUCGAAGAGGUCUGAUCGCGAGGUACCUAGAGCCUACGGAGAAGACGAUGAGCAUGAAUACCUGGCAAGCCGAAAGAUGGAGGGGCCCACGGGGUCAGACAAUGGGGUAUCAACCUAGCAUUGACAGCUAUGAAGAGAUAUAUGGAUCGUGGGGAGAAAGAAAAGAAGUAUUGGCCUGGUCUGCAGGUACGCAGAUUGUUAUGCGGACUAAAGAGACGGGUGCAAACAUCGAGAAGAUCAGGCAACGCGAAGAGGGGCUCGAUCAGGCGUCUGACCAGACGUGGAGUUAUGACGCGUUUAGACACUUGAAUACGUGGUUCACGUACAAGAUCCCAGACAGCUCCGAAGGUCGCGACGAUAUCGUCAACUUGAAGUUGCUCCGUCCGCAUCAACGGGACUUGGCCUCCGAAGACAUAGUCUUUGGAACGGCAUCAGGCCAGCUAUCGCUACUCAGCGCCAACCCUGAUUUUGGAGAAACGCGGGUGCAAAACUACAACACUGACCAUCCUGACAUCACUGGUGAACUUAGAAAACGUGCUAUCGCUGAUCUUUCGAUAUCAUCUUCGAGCACGCCCUUGUUAGCCACCGCACUUUCGGACGCAUCACUAGCGAUUUACUCUAUCGACCGCGACAACUUCUCGGAUGAAGCGAUUGAGCCUUCUUCUUCUGCCAAAGCCUUACUAGACGGGCAACCACAUCGUAGACUGUGGUCAUGCGAAUUUGUAUGCGACGACGCGGUCGCCGUUGGUUGGGGUCCCCAUGCCGAACCUAUCGAGGUCUACCACAUUGGGCCUGAAGGCCUCUCACCAGAACCCUUGCGUCGCUUCAACGUCGCCAGCGGGGACUCGGCGCAUUCAAACCACACAUCAGUCUACCCUAUACUGCCAUUACCCGGUACAGCGCCGGGCGCAUCAGACGCGGGCAAUAUUUUCAUAUCUGGCGGCUACGACGGCAUCAUCAGACUGCACGAUAUGCGCUCGCAACGCGGCUGCGAACAAGUCUUCUGGGAUCCAACAAAUGACUCGCCCGUCUAUUCUCUUGCGCGGCAAGGCUCAGAACGCAUUGUAGCAGGUGUGGCACUACACAGCAUGAUCAAAGUGUUCGACUUGCGAUUUUCAGGCUCGCAUUCGUACCACGCCAUCUCGUUAUCCGACAAAAAGCUCAAGCCAACAAACAAAGUAUUGUCGCGAGAUUCAGCCACCAAUACCAUUAUCGAUCGGGUCAAGAGACAGAUCCCAAUAGUGAGUGGCGGCUGGAAUCUCUACCUUACUCCCCGCUCCGCUCCACUACGCACGGCGUAUCGCAACGACUACUCCCGCUUCCGAGGAGAUUCACCCGUCUACAGCCUCUCGAUCCCAUCAUCUACGUCACAGAAUCUGUAUGCCGGUCUCGAAGGCGUCAUUGAGAGUCUUACAAUUCAUGGCGUCGCGGAUACUCACCCAGAUCCCAUGCUCUCCCACUCCCUUGUCCGCCACAGUGCUGGUGUCGAAGUUGACAUCCGCGCUUCGUACAAUCCGGAUGGUGGCGCAUUGAACCUGGGCAUGUAUGAACAAGGUACUGAGGAGGGCAUCGGUAUGCAGUUGUUGGUGCAGGACGGCGUGACGGAUAAGGUGAUGGGUCAAGACCGUAGAGAUAAGGCGGCAGCGAAGGAAUUGGAUGAACGCUGGAUCGAUCUGAGGGAUGAGCGGAAUAGAUGGACCAGAGGUGAGGUACCACCACAGCGGGAAGAUCCACCGACUGGGCCGAGAACGGGCGGAAGAAGACGUAGACGAGGCGGGAGAGGAGGAGGAGGAGGAGGAGGAGGAGGAGGAGGGUAGACUGAGUUGCAGCGAAUUCCUGUGUUUGUCUCGCCGCG